UUGUCCUACACGACGCCCCGUACCUUGAUUUUUCUGAAGCCGAAAAAUGGGUUCUCCAGACCCGCAGCCCCGUUUUGGACAGUCCGUUAAAGGUUUAUUGUCUGAGAAAGUGGGUUCUUGCAGUGGGGACGUGAUAGCCCUCACUCGCCAAGUUCUAAAGGGGUCCCGCAGCCAAGAGCUCCUUGGCCAGGCAGCACGGAACAUGGUACUGCAAGAAGAUGCGAUACUGCAUUCUGAGGAUAGUCUGAGGAAAAUGUCAAUUUUAACCACCCACUUGCAAUAUCAGCAAGAAGCUAUACAUAAAAAUGUGGAACACUCCAGAAAUCUUCAGGGCCAACUACAUCACUUACUGAAAUAAAUGCAAAGUUGUUAUUUGUGUGAUACUGGUGGCAGCGGUGUAGCAUAGCGGUCGGGGAACUGGGUUUGUAGCUCAAACGUACCUUGAGAAAGGUACUUAACUCGAAUUUCUUCAGUAAAACGUAUCCAGACUUAUAAAUGGAUUGCACAUAAAAACAUCUGUGUAGGUCGCUGUAAAUUUGAGUGUCUGUCGAAUGCUGAAAUGUAAUGUAAAUGUAAUGCAAUAUGAAUUUACCUUGCUGGCGACUACUUUGUUGUUUCAACAUGUACGAUGAACUGUAGACUCCACUUGAGUUCCCAGAUCUUGGAUUAGACGUUGUUGAGCAAAUGUUGUGGUAAAACAUUGUAUUUCAUUGUUUCUUUUUUUAUUUUUUUUUAAAGGCAAACGUAAAGCUUAUAUGAUGGGCAAGCGAUAGGCUUUGUGCCAAAGUGGAAAGUUCGGAGAUAAUUGUCUUGAUUGCAUAGAUCUGAUAAGCAUGUUUUUGAAUUACUGUAUCGUCUUAGCUAACCUCUGUCCAAUGGGGGGUCUUACUGCCUGAGAAAUAGAGGGGCUUAGAUUACAGUACUACGUUGUCACAGGUUUUUUUUUUUUUGUCAACAAACGCAGGCAGGCUAAUUAUAUUUUGCCAUACCUUUCUGAUUUCGAAUUCACACUGUAAAUGUCUGUAACUUUUGUGUUCUAAUGAAAUGUUGCAGUCCACCAAAUAUACUGGCUUGGUGUGAAAUAGAUGUGAAAUAAAAGUGUGUAACACUGAAA